AAGGUUGAAAACAUGAAACCUAAUGCCUGUGUAACCCUAGCUCGUCUUUGUAUGGCGUGAAGCGAACCAACGCUCCUUUACUUGUGUGAAGAAAACGGUUUUACUGCAAAAUGGAGCUCAAAUUAUUAAGCAUUCUAUCGUUCCUACUCGCUGUAACAUUGGCGGCUGGCUUGACAUGCUGGGAGUGUGGAAGCCCUGAGUCUAUGAGCAUGUGUAUGAAGUACAGAAAAUCCAAAGAGUGCUGGCCCUGGCAAGACAGAUGCUUCAAAGCGUUUGUGGAUCAGAUGUACGAUGGAAAGAGGAUCAGGCAGUAUGGACGAGGCUGUACCUCCGCCUCUCUCUGCUCAAACAAAGGGAUGGAGAUAUGUAAGGGGGGUGCAGGCAAGAACCUCCCCCUGGACUGUGACGUCAACUGUUGUUCUGGUGACAAGUGCAACAGCGCAGCGCUACCAGCCUUCAGUGCCGUCCUUCUAGUAACAUGUACACUUCUGUUUUUAAUGGUUUAGUUUGUUAUGUUAAAGUGAGUACAUUUCUUAGGGCAGCGCUACCAGCCUUCAGGACACUCCUAGUCACACUUCUGUUUUCCGUGGUUUAGUUUGUAUGAUAAUGCAGUACAUUUCUUAGAUACGAUGUUCGUGUGCUUGGGAGACUCAAUCAAUCAAUUGCUAUUGCAUCGCCCGCUUAGCUUUUAGAAACCAGCCCGAAGUCGAGACCAUACCCAUUCUUGUAUGUAAAUAGUAAUCAACCCAUUUGCAAUUACAUUAUUCUGCUUUAUAGAUCCAAUGAAUGUUCUGUUUUGCCGCAAUUUGUAAAUUCAAGAAUAUGGUAUUGUUUCAUAAAGAAAUUGGACUAAGUCA